AUGGCAGGAAAUAAAAAAGCAGGUUGGAAGCUUGUAGACCUGGAAAAACUGAGCCAAGAUGAACUAUAUGCUAUCCUCGAUGAAAUACCAAGUGGCAGUGAAUCUGAAGGUUUGGAUGUAGAAAGUGAAGUAGGAGAAGGAUAUCUAGAGGCAAAUAACUUACCAGAAACUGACCUUCUUGACAUUCAGAAUAUGGAUAUUAUUCUCGAAGAGGAAAAUGACAUGGCUGUUGAAGUAGACGCUGACAUGGGUUGGGAGAGCGAGGACGAUGUAUCACUAGCAAGAUUGGCGACCAAUCAGUCUAGUAUUUGGACAAAUAACGAAAACUAUGCCACUACAACAAAUCCUUUCAUAGAAGUAAUAGGUCCCAACCUAAUUGCGGAUGUAGAAACUCCGACUGACGUUUUUUUAUCACUUUAUCCUGGAGAUCUAAUCCAACAUAUAGUGUUCCAAACAAAAAAAAAUUUUUGGGGGUCAAUCUACUGA